CGCCUCCAAGUAGAACCAUCUCAUACAGUAAAUCGCUGAAACGCUCCUCGGGGAAAUGAUGCAAUUCAUGCUUCUGUUUAGUAGACAAGGCAAAGUUCGACUACAGAAAUGGUAUACAUCAUAUUCGGAGAAGGAAAAGAAAAAGAUCUUGCGAGAUCUCAUGACAAUCGUCUUGGCUCGAAAGCCUAAAAUGUGUUCUUUUGUGGAGUGGAAGGGAUUUAAAAUAGUGUACAGAAGGUACGCCAGCCUCUACUUCUGCACGGCCAUUGAGCCUCAAGAUAAUGAGUUGCUAACACUGGAGAUUAUUCAUCGUUACGUUGAACUGCUUGACAAGUACUUUGGGAGCGUAUGCGAGUUGGAUAUCAUUUUUCACUUCGAGAAGGCAUAUUACGUUUUGGAUGAAUUUUUACUGGGCGGUGAAGUCCAGGAGACGGGAAAGGAUAGUGCCCUCAACGACAUUGACAUGCAAGACCUUCUUCAAGAGAUGCAAUUCAUGCUUCUGUUUAGUAGACAAGGCAAAGUUCGACUACAGAAAUGGUAUACAUCAUAUUCGGAGAAGGAAAAGAAAAAGAUCUUGCGAGAUCUCAUGACAAUCGUCUUGGCUCGAAAGCCUAAAAUGUGUUCUUUUGUGGAGUGGAAGGGAUUUAAAAUAGUGUACAGAAGGUACGCCAGCCUCUACUUCUGCACGGCCAUUGAGCCUCAAGAUAAUGAGUUGCUAACACUGGAGAUUAUUCAUCGUUACGUUGAACUGCUUGACAAGUACUUUGGGAGCGAGGAGUGUAAGACCCGCGAGGAACAAGCGGAUAUCAGUAUUAUCGAUGUAUCCGAAUUUUGAGUGGGCGACCUCGAUUGCUCCGAAUUUAUUACCUCGGCUUCCGUCACCCGAUUGGCUGUGAACAAUACUCUCCACAUAUCCAACCCAGUUUGAUCAUUCCCCUUGGUGUUCAUGGAGAUUGUGGGCUGGGCGUACCAACUCGAAUUCUUUCAAUAUGAGUCGGACCGAUUUUUGCACUUUUUUCUCCAACUUCGCAAUCGUUGUCCACGAAUUUGCAUUUUUAUUAUUAUUUCGUUUGAUCGAUAAUAGUAUUUAACUAGUAAAUUCGGACUGUGGUUGUUUUUCCUCUCUCUCUCUUCCCCUCUCAUUUCAGCUUUACUCAGUAGCUGACUUGUGUGAACUCACACAUCUUCCGGUUUAUGUCUUCUUUGGUCUCGAGAUUUUUUUGUAUCACAACAAAUCGUUUUGCUACUUCGUUUGUCGUGCGAAACAUUUGUCAUAACUAUUGUUGUCCUUGUUUAAUGCCGAUUUUUGGCAUACUCGGUGCUCGGAAUAAUAUAGACACCUGCUCGCGCGGCUUUUUCAAAUACAGCUGGGUUGUUG